AUGUCAACGGAAAGCAUGAGCGUUGAUUCAUCGAUGAACAACAAGUCACCUGCUGAAGCAAAUAUUAGCGAAAGGGAAACAAAAACAAAGAAUGAGAGGAUGAUGCACCAAACCAAACUUCUAAAAGAUACUUUAGAUUUGUUGUGGAAUAAAACUUUAGAACAGCAAGAAGUAUGUGAGCAAUUAAAGCGAGAAAAUGAUUACCUGGAGGAUUACAUUGGCAAUUUGAUGAAAUCCAGUAACGUGUUAGAAAAAUAA